ACAGCAAUCGAGUUCAGUGGCUUCGGAUGAAGGCGUCUGAUUGGUCUGACACCUGAAAGAGCCGUUGUGUUGUCAUUUACAAUUUGAGUAUCAAGAUCCCUCAACAGGUCGGAAGAUUCAUUUAUAUAAAAUCAUUUGACUUGGUUCAUUGCAAGUUGUGUGAUGUCCAUAAAUGUGACUGUAAACGGAAACCCGGUAAGCAUUCGCCGUGGAAGAAUGGUUCUGUCGGAUUUAGAUCAAAUUAAAAAAAACGAACGUGACAGGCGAAGAAAGUUACGGCUGGAACAGGUUAGGCAACAGUCGAAAGAAAUAUCGAACAGACUUUUGGAACGUGCCAAAAAUGUCUCCAAGGCACAGCUCACACAAUUGGAGAAAGACGGACGUUCAGAACUCCGACAAAUGCACGAUCAAAAAAUCAUGGAUCUUCAAAGGAAGUACCAAGAAGAUAUGGAAGACAUCGGACGCGCACAUGCUUCCGCAGCACUUCAGCCAGAUGUGGAGACACUAUUGGAGGCUGAUCGAAAAAAAAAUAGACUAAUAGCAGCAGAAAGAGGAAGAGAAGCCCGACAACGCUUGAAAGAUUCAACGCAGGUGGAUGAUGGCCAUACUGCCUUACACGAGAGGCAGCGACAAGUACGAGAGAUGGAAAAUGCACGAGCGUCUAUGGUGGCUAAUUUGCCGAAAAAAUCAUGCACCAAAAAUAAUUCUGAUCAAGCUUCAGACUCGUCAGACAAUGAAAACACAGUUCGAACAAGUCCUAAGAAAAAACGGGAGAAAAAAACCAAUAGGUUCCAGACAUCGGUUCCUAAAGUAGUCGUUCAAUCGUCAGAUGUUCAGGUUGUUGUGAGCAAUCCAAAAGCAAAAAGGACAGAACAACAACCGGGUCCAUCCAGAGUACCUAUGCAUAAGGCAGAGACAGAAUCAAAACGCUCAACGAAUAAAACAAUCACUGAUAUAUCGGAUUUCCCACGUGUGACAACUGGUUGCGAGUCUGAUGAUCAAGAACCUAGAAAAAAUUUACCAACUUUAAAUUCCCCUUCGAAAGCUAAUAAAGUGGCAAGCUACAACCCUCAAGACUACAAACCGGAUUCCACCAGUUCUAUUAGCAGUACUAGCAGCAGUCCGACCACGUUGAGUGAUGAUUCUUCAUACUUUUCCGAUGGUGCCAUAGACCAAAUGGUGUCUAAAAAAACACCGAGGCACACAACAUCAGCAGCUUCUAGCAAAGUCCAACUCUAUGAUCAUAAUACCAGGCAGAGAAAUGCUUACAAUAAACCGUUCGGUGUUGUUGAAAGAAUAAAUAUUAGUGGCGAGCCAAAUGCGGAACAGUUGGCACGUGAAGUCACUGAAUCAGAAAAUGCUAACAGUUUAGUUGAAAAUCGACGUCGCCAUGCCCAGCGUCGUGGGAACGAUGCAAUAUUGCGCGAAAGAGUGCGCCGGGAUUACGAAAAUUUAUUGCACAAUUUAGAUCACCUAUCACGUGAGGAACGCAAACUUAAGGCUAGCCAAAUUCAUGGUCCCCCGGUCAAAGACAUUUACGUGAAUCCAAUGCGACGUCAAGAGCUCCUUGUGAAACGUCAAAAAGAUAUGGAUUUCGCGUUUGAAACAAUUGCUCAGGAUGGUUUUACACGGACAGAGGAAAGCAACUUUUCAAGUCCUGUCGAGCGAGUAGUGACAAUUCCACCUAUUAAUGAACAGAAUAAUGCAGAAAAUACUCCCGGUGCUGUGUGGCACGAACCUCCAUUCUUUGAACCUUUGAAAGAUUCUGAAGAAGAAAAGCAGGAGAAAAAGAACGAGAUGUCUCGUGAUGAACAAAUUUUAGAAAUGCUUCGCAAAGUAGAGCGACAAAAGAGGCUCCUGUUGAAAGAGUUCGGAGCCAACUUACCUGACAGUAUUUUUAGUGCCAGUGUAAAACCGUUGUUCACCGAAAAUACAUCGACGCAAACGAUUGCACCUAAGAAAAAAGUACAAUCAUCUCCAGUUCCUGAAAUCAAAGUAGUCAAUUUGUCAAGUUGCGAUGAAAGUGACAAAAAUAAAUUGAAAAAAGGAAAAAAGAAAGCAUCGGCACCUCCCAAAAGAAUUGAAAUAGCAGUGCAAACGUCAGCGUUAGAUGAUAGAGGUGAUGCAGUAGAUAAGAGUGUGCAAGUUGAAUUGAUAAAUGGUCAGCGCAGUAGCACCAGCAACUCGACUAGUCGAGAAAAUGGUGAUGAGCUAAAAUCUUAUGAUACUUUACUCAAGGAAGAUAUUGUUGCAACGAAAAGUAGCAGCGGAUCUUCAGAUUCAACAGAAACUGGGAUUGUCAUUGAUAUCAAGAAAAAGCAUAUCAAAGUAACGCCGAGGAAAAAGAGAAGCCAUUUGAGACUCUCGCGACGAAAUUCACCGAGAGUAAUUUCUAAGCCUCGCUUGGUGCCUGGGGGUAAAGCUUCGACUCCUGUAAAGAAGCUAUCAAAGUCUGCCCCAGUGUCAAAACAGAGCACUCCGAGAUCGAACAUUUCUAAUGUACAGCCAAUCAAAAUUAGCGAUAAGAAAGUUAAAAUACAGUUAGAUAAAGGUGGAAUAAAAGUGAAAAUCAAUCCACCACCUAGUAACCAAGUAUCCAGGGAUGCGAGUACUGAAAGUUCCAAAGAUACUUUAAUAGAAACGUCACGAGAAAGAACUCCUGUACUGACAAAACACACGAAAACGAGUGAUACUUCGGACACUUCAACUUCGUAUAGGAGCCCACCACCGCCAACCCCUGCAUCGUAUCUUAGUGUUAGGAAUAAUAGUACUCCAAUCUUAGAAAUAUUAGAGAGCUCGGAAUUCGCGGCCAUGAGAUCGAAAAAAAGAGGGAUAAGCCCAGUCUCAUCACCAGGAACUCCUUCACCAAGAACGAUUAAUUUACCAACAAACACACCUCAUUCAAGGCAAAUUCACAGAGUGCUUGAAUUCUUUGAUUCAACAAUUUCUCAAUCACCGGAUAAUACCAUGGUAAUCACAUUCCCAGAUCGGCAGUCAACUCCCAAUGAGAUGUCCAAUUAUGUGUUGAAAAAACUGGAUCCCUCAGAACAUUUGAAUAAAUCUCCAGAUAUUUGUAUGUGUAAAAAUCCACAGUGCACAUUAACGCAUUCUAAUAUUCAGGAUAUUCAGAGUUACACCUCAUCAAAGAAUUAUCCGAAAAUAUUAAAAAAAUAUCAGGACCUGCAAAGUAUGUGCACAGACAGAAUUGCGUCAUUAACUGAUCUGAUUGAAAAAGUUCGGAGCGAACAAAGAGGUAUGGAGCUCUCCGUCGGGGGACAGAGUGACGAAUCCACAAUGUUCCAGGUUCCAGGACCACCACCAAUGACGAGUGAUUUACAAAGCGUUCGUCAACUAGUAGACAGCAUAGAAGCUAUCCACAGUCAAUUGGCGAAGACACUUAAUGAAUCACAGCGAAUAAUUGCAGUUGAAAAACUUUCAAAUCAGCCGUCAAAGAUGAAAACGUCGUUUACUCAGCCGAGCGUAUCUACUGAAACUGAUGAAAAUUCUGCAAUUCAAAGCAGUAUAGGAACAGAUGCACAUUCUUCAGUGAAUAAUGAAUUGCGCGAAGUACCUAGAAGGGGAACUCCCAGAAUCAUCAGCUCUGAGCAUGUGAAUAUACCUUUGUCACAUUUCAAUUUACCACAAAAGCCGAAGACAAGCCUUGAGAUGACAGUUACUCAGCCUAUUUCACCAUCUCGAGAGAAAUCGCCUCGACAAAGAGACGAUGUUGUUGAACGAUUGUCAAAGGAAAUAUUGGAACAAAGUAAAGCUUUAGAUAAUCUUUUUUCUGAAAGUACACCGGACUAUAGCGACUUCACAAGCAUUCAGUCUCCACCUUCGCAACAUGUGUCUGCAGCAACUCCUGAAAGACAAACAUCCCCAUCUCCAAAAAAACAAGGAACUGUUUCGUCACCAACAAAACAAGAUUGUUCAGGGUCUUGCAGCAAGACAGAGAAGGAUACAGACUUUGUUCCAUUGCUAGCAGGAAUUCCUAAAGUUCAAAGAAUGACUACAAACACCACUGAUAUUCAUCGACCAAGGCCACCUGUCACUUUAAUAUAUGGACCACACAGAAUUCAAACAGGAUCCCCGGGUCACGAAUUGUCUACUAUAGUAGAAUUCGACACACCAGACACAGCAAGCAAAAGUCACAAAAGUGCAAAAAGCCCUAUGAGUGUCAAGAGUCGAAAGAACCUGUCUCAAAAUUAUCAGAAUACUGUGGGAAAGCCGACGAGUCCUUCAGCGAUUUGGAGCCGGACUCCAGUCCACGCGUCAUCACCCUCAGCUUUGCCUUCAAUCUCUAAAUCUCCCACAAAAGGUUCAACGCCGCCUCCGAUAAUACAAAGCAAACAGACAGCAAUCCCCGAUGCAGGAAUGUCACGAUCCUCUGAAACGCAAGAUAAAUGCGAAACUACAUGUCCACAUUUGGGUACAAAGUCAUCUCAGAAAACUGCUGAAGUCUCUGGAAUGCAGAGUGACAACACAGUUUUAAGAAAUGAUAGUUCCCCAGAAUCUUCAAGUUCGAUACCCGACAUCAGCGCAGAAUUGCACAAGCGCAACUUAAUUUUUCACACUCAAACAGCUACGGUAGAAGCAGAAACACCUUUCCAUCGAAAAGAGUCACGGCAACCUGUCACGUCAGUUUCUACACAGCUGGAUAAAGACAAGAUAACUUCCACAAGUUCCAAUAGUUUUUCCGGGCUAUCCGGAAUUUCCGAAAUUACUAGCACACCGACCUCAGACAUAUUGAAAUACACUUCAUCACCGGAAGAGAUGGAAGCAGCAUUAAAAAAAUUAGGUCUUGGUUGGGCCAUAACGACACUGAAAAAAACCCGGGAGGCUAGCGCGCUUAGUUCGUCAUCUAAUUCCGAUACAACUCCUAUAAAUCCGUCAAGAAAAAUGAUUUCGCCUGUGAUGAAAAAAGAUCACGAAUCUAAAAUAAAUUGUCUGCCAAACUUAAGCGACGUUUCGUCGAUUUCUAUAAGAGACGCUAACAAAAGUACAGAACGUGCUUUGCUUUUGAAAGCUAGAACGUCUACACCAAACAUCGAACACUCAAAUAGUUCGUGUGAAAAACCUAUUUCAUCAAUGACCAACUCUUCCAGAGCUAGUCCUCAAGACCAGAGCGAUAGCUUAACUGCGCCUAACUUGUCACUUAUCACUAAGAAAACAAUUUGCGAAAAGCAAUCAGACGAGCCUUGACGACCCAGUGCCUUAACAAAAUACCAAUUAUUAAUAUUUACCUAAAACUGCCUGCCAAUUAUUUUUUACCGUUGACUUAAUGCAACGUCGAAAGUAGUGCGAACAAUUUGAAAAAAUUGCGUAGAGAAAGAUCUUUGUUGGAUCUUAUCAUGAAUGACUGUGUUCAGAUGAUAGAACUUUUAGCACGUCUUUGUUGCCUGCAAAUAUUUCUGUAUGUAACGUUGGAUUUUUUUAUAUCGGAAUAGAUAGAUGAAUGGAAUCAAUUUAUUUUACUACCUUCGAUACACUUCGUAGUCACACUCGACAAGGAGUUCAUGUAAUUUUCUACUUUCUAACUGCGAUACUAUAAUAUAAAAUAUAAAACAUCCAUGAAAAAUGCGUUUUAGCAUAUGCCAAUUUAUUAUUUUAUUAAAUAUUUUUACAUAAAUAUCGAA